CUGCAGGCUGCCGUGGUUUUGUCACAAGCUAAAGCAGAAAGGCAGCCGCUCUUCACGGCUAACGUUACUCACGGGGACGGCGGUGAGCAGGUAGCAUUAUCAAACCAGUCUUUAUAUCGUGGAAGGCGGCGUAUUACAUUCAAUUUGGAUGGCUGAAAUUCGCGUCAGGUUAGUGACCGGCUAACUUGCCGUAGAUAACACAGUUGGGAGAAACCGUAAAGCGGCCCGUCUCCUGGUGUCGUAGCCCCCCCCCCCCCCCCCUUUUUUUAACGUUGAUUAAUCUCGUCAAGAUGUCAGCCUUCUCCGAGGCGGCUUUAGAGAAGAAACUGUCCGAGCUCAGCAACUCGCAGCAAAGUGUGCAGACGCUGUCGCUGUGGCUCAUUCAUCACAGAAAACACGCCAGGACCAUUGUCAACGUCUGGCUCAACGAACUGAAAAAAGCUCAGGUUUCACGCAAGCUGACCUUCCUCUACUUGGCCAACGACGUCAUUCAGAACAGCAAGAAGAAGGGACCAGAGUUCACACAGGACUUUGCUCCGGUCAUCGUCGACGCAUUCAAACAUGUUUACAGAGAUGGCGAGGAGGGCUGUAAGAAACAGCUGGGUCGGGUCCUCUCCAUCUGGCAGGAGCGAGCUGUGUAUGAGAACAACCUGCUGGAGCAGCUCUCCCAAGUGCUCUAUGGAGAGAAGAAGGCGAAGAAGAGACCGUAUGAGGAGAUCCGACCAAACGAUGAAGAUUUCGCUUCCCAGAGUUCCCCAGCAGAGCCCCCUCAGACUGCAGAGUUGAUCCGAGCUCUUCAGGAGCUGGAGAACGCAGCGUCUGGAGACUCGGUGCUGCGUCAGCGCAUUUCGUCCCUUCCUGCCGAGGUGCAGGACACGUCGCUGCUUCACAGGAUUACAGAUAAGGAAUCGGGGGAGCGUCUCUCCCGGCUGGUGGAGGAGGCCUGCAUGUUGCUAGCGGACUUCAGUGGCCGCUUGGCGGCGGAGAUCGAUGAUCGGAGGCAACUCACGCGCACGCUAACGGUCUUCCUCCAGAGCCAGAAAGACGGGCUGACGCAGAACGAGCAGAAACUUGACGAAUACAAACGCAAACUGGCGAGGGUGACCCAGGUCCGGAAGGAGCUGCGUGUGCGUCUGAACAAUCUUCCGGGAGGCCUCUACAAUUCUUCAAAAUGACUCACGUUUCACCUCCCGAUCAGAUAACCUGACCGCCCUGCUUCUGCAACAUCUCAACCCGUCUCUAGAUAUCUGGUCAUGGCCUUUGCCACAGUUCUCCUCUCAUGAUUUUGGAAAGUUUCUGUUCUCAUGUUCUUGUUUUUUAACAUUUUGUUCAUCCCUGUUGCUUUUUUUGCCAGAAUGUCUUCUUUGUGAGUUCAUAUCUUUGUGAAAACAAAGCGUCAUACUCAUCAGACCCAAGCCCCUAUCGGUUUGCUCCCUUUAAGGUGUCGGUGAUGCUGGUGUGAUAUUUUUGUAUUUAAAGUGACUUAAGAUAAUGCACCAGAAAAUACACCCCUAGUGUGAUCAUUUAUAAUAUGUUUGGUGUUUUGGAUUGUUUUCAUAUAAUUAUUUUACCAGUCUAUAUCUGUAAACCUAUAAGUCUAACUCUUUGUUGUAUAAUCAUUGUUUUAUGCAGUGUGAUGUAAACUGUGCACUUGUUAAAUCUUUGGGAAACCAUAUUCUAAAGCUGAGCAGUAAUCCAUGUUCUAAAAGCAAACCGAAAUGUGUAAUCAUCAUUUACGUAAAGCCUCCUCCUGAGAGGAGUUUGUAAAUCAUGGGUCAAUGUACAUAUUCACAUCUGCAUGUAAAUAUGACGAGAGUUAUGCCUGUGAACGAUAUGGGUCCAUGUCGCCAUGGAUCGGGAUGAAAUGGUCGUUCACACAAAUUACUGAGGUAUCUCACUGUAGUCUACGUCUUCAUCGCUGCUCGGACUUUCACUGUACUGAAAUGAUGACUGAAGGAGCCUGUUGUCCUGUUUACUGUAUCACACUGCUUCAUAGAUGCAUCAUUAACUCUACCGAAUGCUGUGCAGAUGCCUCACACAGCUUUAUAGGUGCCCCCAAAACCCAAAGCCAGACUUAAGCUGUUGUUUUUGUACAUUUGAAGCAAAUUCUUCCUAGAACCAAAUAAACAGAAAAUGUGAAAUCUUC